AUGGCAGGCCUCUUCCCCACCUCAAGAUGGAACAAAUCUCGAGUCUCAAGCGCGACGGCUCCGAGCUCAUCACCACCGUCUUCGUUUCCAACCUACAUUGCAGCAGGUGCGUUAUUCCCGUCCAAAGGAAACCUCUUCUCACCUUCUGGCGUCCCCAGCUGUACAGUGACCGUGAAACACUCCCCAGAGCUCACGCCGUUUGACAUAAAGUCCACGAUAGACGCAGCGGGGUUCGAUAUCGUCGCCACUCCGACUGGGGUCGAACAAUGCACCCCUCUGUCCAUCCACAGCUUCACCCGAAUUCCGGCCCUGCUCACUGGCAGAUCGCAGAAGCACUUCCAGCACGCGGUCACGCAUGCGCUGAGUGAGCUCCCUGGAGUAUCUGAUGCCGUUGUCAACCUCCUGGGACAUUCUGCAACUGCGAAAGUAGCACGCGCUGAACUCGUACCUACCCUCGUGGAAACCAUCGAGGAUAUCGGUUACGAGGCAGAGGUCGUCACCGUUCAACCUCUACGCCCUACACCUACUACUCGCCAUGCCUCACGCGCGGAGAUCGACGGUGCUCACCGGCUUACAGUGUCCGUCGGCGGGAUGACGUGCGCAUCGUGCUCCAACACGGUGACUGAUAUCAUGUCCGCGUUGUCUGGCGUCUCCGAUGUGGUCGUUAAUCUCCUUGGUGGUUCCGCGACUGCAGUUAUCGAGCGGAAGGACCUCUCGCCGCAGGUGGUGGAGGCCAUCGAGGAUGCCGGCUAUGAAGCCGAAGUCAUUAGUGUCGAACCUCUCGAUCAGCCCGACGGGGACGAGGAGGAAGUAGGCCCACGUACUGUGUCUCUUCGCAUAGAAGGCAUGUUCUGCUCUACCACUGAUGAGUGGGAACUAGACACUGUCCCGAGAAGCAUUUCUUACCUGCCAUCCCCGCCUACCUUUACGUUGCGCCACAUCAUCCAUGCGAUCUCCUCUUCUGCCACACCCGCCUCGCCCUUCACGGUCACGAUCCACCACCCACCUUCCCUCGAGGACCGCGCCCGUAACAUGCAGCAGCGCGAGCAGUGGCACCUCCUCGAGCGCCUGAUAUUUUCUGUCAUCGUCGCGAUCCCAACGUUCAUCAUCGGCAUUGUCUACAUGGACCUCCUCCCAUCGUCGAACCCGCGGCGGAUCUGGUUCGAGGAACCAAUGUGGGGCAACGCCGCACGCGCAGUGUGGGCGCUAUUCUUCCUCGCGACGCCGGUUAUGUUCUACAGCGCGGGGACGUUCCAUCGCAGAAGCUUGAAGGAGGUCUGGGCGCUCUGGAGGCCAGGUAGCAGGACGCCUGUGUGGAGGCGAUUCGUCCGCUUUGGGAGCAUGAAUCUGCUAGUGUCCACCGGAGUGUCUGUGGCCUACUUUGCAUCAAUAGCCCUGCUUGCAUUAUCAGCAUUACAAGCGCCAUCGCCCAGCGGCCGCGGCGAUAUGACCACAUACUUCGACUCCGUUGUCUUUCUCACUAUGUUCCUGUUGAUUGGUCGGUUCCUGGAGGCGUACAGCAAAGGGCGUACAGCGGAUGCCAUCACGGCUCUUGGGAAGUUGCGUCCGACUUCGGCUCUCCUCGUGGAAAUGACGGUCCAAAGAGUAGACGCCGAGCUCCUCGAGGUGGGAGACAUCGUCCGUGUGCAGAACGGCUCCACUCCUCCGGCCGACGGUACCAUCGUUGCGGGCAACGAUGGCGCCUUCGACGAGAGCUCACUCACUGGUGAGUCGAGGCUCGUGAAGAAGAACGUCGGCGACAAGAUCUUCCUCGGCACGAUAAACAAGGCUGGCGUGGUCGACGUGCGGGUCGACGCGAUCGGCGGCGAGACGAUGCUCGACCACGUUGUUAAAGUAGUCCGCGAAGGCCAGACGCGCCGCGCACCAAUCGAGCGGGUCGCCGAUCUGCUCACAGGCUAUUUCGUGCCUGUGGUGACGCUGCUUGCGGUCGUGACCUGGGUGAUUUGGCUUGGUCUGGGGCUCGGCGGUGUGCUGCCUGAAAGCUAUCUCGACAUCGACGUUGGUGGUUGGGUUGUCUGGUCGCUGGAAUUUGCCAUUGCGGUGUUCGUUGUCGCUUGUCCCUGUGGGAUCGGGCUUGCCGCGCCUACCGCGCUUCUCGUGGGAUCCGGCCUCGCUGCCAAAUACGGGAUUCUAGCGCGCGGUGGUGGAGAGGCCUUCCAGGAAGCGGCCCAGCUCGACAUCAUCGUAUUCGACAAGACCGGCACUCUCACCCAGGGCGGCGAGCCACGCGUUACGGAUAUCGAGGUCGUGUCUUCCGAAUCCGACUCGCGGCGGACGCGCGAAGUGGUACUUGGCAUAGCCGCUGAGAUCGAAUCCGCCAGUUCGCAUCCCCUCGCGACCGCAAUCCGACAAUACUGUGCCGAGAAUUCCGCUGCUGCUCAAAUUGGCUCUGAGUUCUCGGAGACUCCUGGUCGAGGCCUGUCUGCCCAGUUCGACUCCUUGCAUUGCUCCGCCAUCAUCGGCAACGAGGCAUGGAUGGCGGCGAACGACUGUCAGGUUGACGGACAGCUUGCGAAUAAGCUAGACGCUUGGAAGACCGAAGGAAAGAGUGUGAUCAUCCUUGCUAUCCGUGACGAGUCGGUGGCUGGAUCAGUUUUUUCGUUCACGGUCGCCGCGAUGUUCGCGGUCGCGGAUCCGCUCAGACCCGAAGCACAAGAUGUCAUCGCGCAGCUUCACGGGCAAGGCAUCGGUACAUGGAUGAUCUCGGGAGAUAAUGUGAUUACGGCCAAGGCUGUUGCUCGCACUGUUGGGAUUCCCGAGACGAACGUCAUUGCAGGCGUGCUUCCUCACGAGAAGCAAGUUGGCAUGAAAAGACCCCAACGCAGCCUGCGAAGCUUAUUUACCAAGGAGAAAGUCAACAAUCGCUGUGUGGUGGCGAUGGUAGGGGAUGGUAUUAACGACGCGCCCGCCCUGACUGCCGCUGAUGUCGGGAUUGCCAUCGGCUCUGGAAGCGAUGUGGCCAUCUCCAGUGCAGCGUUCAUUCUUGUUUCCUCAAAUCUUUACACCCUCUUGACGUUGACGGAUUUGUCGCGUAAAGUCUUCAACCGUGUUAAAUUCAAUUUCCUAUGGGCGACAAUCUACAAUGCUAUCGCCGUACCCAUAGCAGCAGGCGUGAUUUACCCUGCUGGCAAUGCGCGACUUCCUCCGGUAUGGGCUUCGCUUCUUAUGGCUCUAUCGUAA